GAUUCAAUUCAACUCGAAAUUACAAUCAUCUCCCUUUAUGAUCCAAGUCUGUAACCAAUCUAAUACCGUCCGCCAAUCACCCUUGCUGUUCAGUCUCUAAAUAUGUCAACAAAGCAAACCCUAAACCAAGAUAUAGUGGCUGAACUAGAAGCAAAGAAAACAGAACUCGAACGACUCCAAAAACAACAAGAACAAUUGGGAAGCUUCAUAGUUGAUCUCCAAAGCAGGCGUGAAGAAUUGCAAAAUCUUUCGACGAGCGCUCGCCAAGCUCGUGAAAACCGUUUGAAAGGAACGACUGCCUCAAUCGACCAAGAGAUAGUCCAGUACCAGCAAGAACUCCAAAGCACCGUGCAGAGAAUUGCUAUUAUUAGGGCAUCCAUUCGUCUCCUCUCGCCAUCGUAAACGCCUCGAAAUACGCCAGUUUGUUGGGGAGCACAAUUAAUUUCGCUUACGCCUUGUGAAGAGAUAGCAAGCUGCAGGAAGUCGCUAGAACAAGAUUUUCGAUGCUAGUUCUCAGACGGUUCAAUGAUGAGCGAGCGUAAGAAUCAACGUUGGUAGUCACAGGAGGCUCAGCUAGAGGGGGGUUCGUUUGCUGGGUGGUUUUUUGUUCUCUUUGGAUUCCGAGCUUAUCACAUUCUUUUUCGAAAAGAUCAAGUUCUUGAAGUUUCCGCUGUAUGGCUUCUCGCUCCUUUUCAUUUUCCUCCAGGCUGUAGAACUCUUCCAAUCUUUUUUUGUCAUUAUCCCUUUCUUUCCCAUAAUAGUCGUAUUCGAUCACGGACCAGUAUAUAUUGCCAAAAUAAAGUGGCUGUAACAAUCCGAGCGCAAUGAAAACGGCAGGAGAUUUAAGUGAUUUAGCCCAUAUCUUUUCAAGUGGAAGGUUAUCAAAAAUUCGGCAUCCGGGAUGAUAUUUUAUUUCCCGCUCUCGUGUUUCCAUGCGGAAGUUGAAGAGCUCGCUUUCAUAUAUGAGUCGCCCAGGCAUCUUUGCAGUUCCAACCAGUUCAAGUCCAUCGAGCCAGGAUGGAGGCACAAACAUUUGAACGGGGAUGGUGUGACUCCACUCCCAAUCCAAAACAGACAGGAUAUUCAGGUCAUCGUCAACAAGGAUAUUAGCAGACCGCAGAUCACCAUGAUUCAGUAUAAAUGGCCCAUGAUUAUGCUCAGGCUGCACCCACUCCAUCAGAAACCGGCGGGACAUGUGCAAGCUGUAGAGAUAGCCUCGAGCAUCCGCCUCGCCCAUAAUGCUGUCCCUGCCCUGGUGGAAGUCAUUGAGUAAAGCCUGGUGAAUGGUGUAAACAUAGUCGAUGGUUGACUGGAACGUGUGAUUAGGCCCUACAAAGGGAGGGUCAAUUCCGGCAAGGGCCUGGUCAUUCAUCAAUACUGAAAGUGGUCGAUU